AUGCGCGCCGUGCCAUGUACCGCUGCCCUGCCAUGUUUACUCCUUACUUCUCCUCAAAACCUUACUGCUUCUGGUCUGCUGGCACCGCUUCCUCUCCACCGCCUUCCCCAUGGACCACCGCACACUUCUCUUCCCCACGGCCUUCUCAUCCCCCGCGCCCCCCAUGGCCUCCCCCACCGUCUGCUGGCUGCUGGCACCGCUUCCUCUCCACCGCCUUCCCCACGGACUACCGCGCACGCCUCAGGGACGUGCCGUGCCGGAGGAGAGGAGAGGGUUAGGAGCACCUACUCGCCCUUGUUGCCCUCCUCUCUUGAGGCAGAGCUGGUCGUGGAGGGGGAUGGUGGGGGAGUUGGUGGUGGUGCAGCUCGCCAGGAGAGCAAGUGUGGAGGUGUAGGGGAGGCGAGAGGGGAGGGGCUAUCGGGUGUGCUUGUUGCCCACUGCACCACUUCCCCUUCUACAGGAGAAGGCUACGGGGAUCUUUUUCGCCGAGUACCGCCGAGUACCGCCGAGUACUCUUCCAUCCCCCACUUCUCCACCAUCUCUCCACCUUCCUCGCGCGCGCGGCACAGGGAUGUGAUGUCGCAGGAGGGGCGCGCCAUGGGGACCUUCUCGCCCUCCUCGCCCCCGCUGCUGGCAGAGACAGAGGCAGAGGCAGAGGCAGAGGCAGAGGCAGAGGCAGCGGCAGAGGCAGCGGCAGCGGCAGCGGCAGCGGCAGCGGCAGCGGCAGCGGCAGCGGCAGCGGCAGAGGCAGAGGCAGAGGCAGAGGCAGAGGCAGAGGCAGAGGCAGAGGCAGAGGCAGAGGCAGAGGCAGAGGCAAAGACAGAGCCUGAGAGCAGAGGUGGCGCAGGCAAGGGAGUGGAGGAGUGCGCCAUGGGGACCUUCUCACCCUCCGCGUCCAUCGUGGCUGAGACAGAAGGAGCAGAGGGAGGGCGCGGGGGAGGAGAACAGCGUGACGGUGAGAGGAUUGAAAAUGAGAGGGGUGGGAUGGUGGGUGCUGGGCGCACGGGAAGCAGUGAGCAUGCGAGACAAGGGAGGGAAGGAAGGGAGGGAGGACGAGGAACAGGGGAAAUCGGAGAGGAGGGAGGAGGUUAA